CAACAAAUGAAGCCUAAUUUAUGCUCAGCUUCUGUAACUUUCCCCAGAAAACAAAACUCCCCACCCACAAAAGCCUUUGCAAACACAGUGCUAUGUUUGGACUAAGCCAGGCAUUCCGCAGUGGGGUCAGGACAGAGAGCAAGUGCAGCUAUAGCAUGGCAAUUACUUCUCCCAGGUAAAGCCCAUAAACCCCAGGCUCCAGCAGCAGACUGCUCAGAGACAUGCGCCGAAGCCACUUUCCUCUGGGAGGGAAGUCGACAGGUGAGCACACAGGGAAGGUCUGUUCACUGUCACCAUUCCUAUCAGAAGGUCUAAUGCAAUAAUAAAUCUAUUUUUCUUAUCGUUUGGGUUUGUACCUCAAAGGUCUCUUUGCACUCUGAAUCUAAUGAAUAGUAGGAAAAUUGCUUUCUAGUUUAAAAAAAAAAAAGCAACAUGCCAUCUUUGUCAGGAAAAAAAUGUGUUGUCUUUGUUUGCCAGAUGUUUAACAGAGUUUUAGUAAAUACCUGCCCUUGCCUCCAUUUGCAACCACAAUGUACAAAUUGGUACUCUUUCAGAUGUGUCUUCAAAUACUCAGUGCAUUUUGCUAUGAUUUGGAAAAAUCUUGGGCUCUUUGGUUUCUUAGCAAAAUGAAAAAACUAGCACAUUAUCAGCACACUGGAACACAAGCUGCUUGUUGAUCAUUUGGCGAUAGAACUCCUUGGGUUAUAUUCACAGGUAUUCUUCUUCAGUAUUACUAUUUUGUUUUGCUCAAUUCUGUUGUGUUUUGCUCCUGAAAUAGCCAGGUCCAAGAAAGAAAUACAGUGUCCUUGUCCCUAGUCCUCAAUUUCAGGGGUAGCAGCAUCUUCACAGAGCUUCCAUUAACCUGCAAGUCUGUCCUUUCAGCUCCUUAGCAAGGCCUCCACAUCACCUCCUUUUAUCUGUGCUGCACAGUAAUUAUACUGAUUUAGGCGCUGCGGUUUUACAUUUUAGGUUUUCUGCCUGAAGGGUAUCUUUGAUGCUGAUAUUUGUCUUUCAGUGAGAACUUAUCCUUCCUUUUGCUGCUGUUCUUGCUCCUUUAUGCCUCCCUGCUCUUCUGCUCCGGAGUAACUCACCGGACUAGCUCAAAACUUUUCCUGGCACCCUGGCCAUGGGUUACCUGUUUUCUCCCCAUGUUUUCUUGAUGCCAUUCGGUGCAAAAAGCCCUGCAGGAACUUGGUGAUGAAGUGGAGUAGACAUCAAAGGCUACUGCCUCACACUCCCCCACCUCCCUCAAACCCCUUAUUUUUUUUUCUGAAGGGAAUUUUUCAGGGUCUAACAAGAAACAGAAAAUACACAAGUGCUGGUGGUUCCUGCUCCCCUGCCUUGGCUACUCUGGCUGCCUUGCUCUGAGCCCUGAACAAGAAAGUGCACAAGCAAGAAGCCCUCUCGGCCCUGGCAUCCUUAAUGAGGCCAUGCAGGACAGGAGACUGAGGUUGUCAAAGAAGGCGGGGAGGAGCCGGUCCCGUGUCCCUGCCCCAACUGCUGGCUGCCUCGUCUGGGUGCCACAGGAGGUAUUUAAAAGCCUCUAAGCUCAGCGAGGUAGCACAGACCACGCCAGCACCCGACUCGCACCGUAUGGCCCCCUCCACUCGUCACUUCCCGAGGCUUCUCGCACUCCCUUCACAGCAGUGUGCCAUUCUAAUUAAAAAAGAAAAAAGUCGGUAUCUUCUCCUUCCAAGCGCGCAGUCCUGAUUUUUGCAUGGGGAUGCAAGGAUGUGACCCGAAGAUUACAUAAUUAGAAGGCAUUUGUUAUGCUUACGUUUCAAAUCAGUGAUUAGCAUGUGACAGUCCCGUCCUGGGAAACGCCAAGCCACCAUUGCUCUCCUCUCUCUCCUCUCUUGCACACUGCUAAUUCCCAACUCUGGCAACCGCCAGCGCUGAAGGCUCUUCAACUAGCCUGGGGGUUCAGACCAGCUGACCCAUCGCAGGGCUCACAUGUGGGCAACUGUAAGCCAUGGGAUGUUCCCAGUGACCAGCCAGAACCCUCCAGAGUGAGGACAGGAGUCCCUGCAAGGACGCACACCCUAUAGCAGCCAUGGACUCAAACAAACAAGAAGGAGAGACUGAAAGUGUGCCUGUGAGUACCCCUGCAACACAGAUUUCCCAGUUGCAGGCAUUAGCCUCUGAGUUGAAGGCGGGUUUCACAGAAGCAAUGCAGGAGCUGUCGCGAAUCCAGCAUGGCGAGUACGCCCUGGAGGAGAAGGUCAAGAGCUGCCGCUGUGCCAUGGAAGAGAAAGUGGCUGAGAUGAAGAACUCCCUCAACACCUUCAAGGAGGAGCUCAGCGAUGCCAAGUCAAUGAUUGAAGAAAUCAGUGCCAAGCAGGAGGAAAUGCAACAGAAAAUUGAGCAGCUUCAGCAGGAGAAGAGGCGGGAAUCACGGAAAGUGAAAGCUAAAAGAGCACAGAAGGAUGAUCACAGCUCACAGACAGUGCCUACACCUCUCCAGGGCAGCCCAUUUCGAUCCAUUAACCUCCCAGAACCUGUGAUGAUCAAUGAAGAUUUUACAAGCCUUUUGCACAACGUGACUUAUGAAAAAGUGUCUGACACCAGGAUCAUGCCAAUAGGAGACGGAAGUGUUAAGGUCGUAGCAGGUCCAGGACCAACCCUGGAGACAGACGACAGCCUCAAGCCUUCCUUGACAACAGAUGGCCAGUCAAAGGUGCAUCUGCCAUCAACAGUAUGGAAGCAGCCCAAGGACACCAAGGACUGGGGAGACGAAUACAUCUCCAAAGAGCAACCAGAAAGAGGGAAAGACAUGGGCCAAAGCAGAUACAGCUCAGCUGACAACAUUAUAUGUGAACCCUCUUUGGCUGCCAAAAGGCAGAACAUCGCUUUGGAGCUGCUGGAGUCAGAAAGGAAAUACGUCAUCAACCUUUCCCUGAUCCUGAAGAUCAAGGCCACAUUGCAAGGGCCAGAUGUGAAAAGGAGCACCAAAGAGAGAAGUUUCUUCCCCAACUCCUUGCGGUACCUGGUCCAGCAGCACGUCGAUUUACUUCACGCUCUCCAGGAGCGAGUCCUGAGCUGGCCACGCCAAGGGAUCCUAGGAGACAUCUUCCUGAAGUUAACAAACGACGAGUUUCUUUGUUCUUUCUCCCCCCUCUGCUCUUUCCUCAUUUAUAAGAACAAUUUUCUGGACUACUAUGUUGCUUACCUGAGGGACCUGCCAGAAUGCAUCUCUCUGAUCCACGUGGUGAUCCUGAAGGAGGUAGAAGAAGAAAUCAAAUCUGAUCUCUACAUUCUGUUCUUCCAUAUAGUCCAGCGAAUCCCUGAAUACCUCAUUCACCUACAGAACGUCCUGAAGUUCACGGAGCAAGAGCAUCCUGACUAUUACCUGCUGCUGGUGUGUGUGCAGCGCCUCCGGGUUUUCAUCUCACACUACAGCCUCCUCUUCCAAUGCAACGAAGAUCUGCUUAUACAGAAGAGGAAAAAGCUGAAGAACACGACGAUGGAUUUCUCCUCCCUCAGGUCGUCCCUGGUGAAGCUGUACAAAGGACUCACCUCCCAGUGUACAAGCCAAGAGGUUUCUCCAACACCCAGCGCGACUUCUAUCCGGGACAGCGGGAUCCACUCUGAAGAGGCAAUACAGUCGUUCCCACCAGCACCUUCCUCUGGCACGCCAACCCCGCAUUUGAUGCCCCAGAUGAAGAAACCCCAGCCAACUGUCAUGGAGAACAUCCAGGCUGUAAAGCCCCCUGACUGGGAAAUGGAGAGUAGAAAACAUGAGAGGCCAGAGAAUAUCCUUGCAUCCUCUCAGCUCACGGAGCAAGAACUCAAGGCCCUGACAGCUCCCUUACAAUCCAUCCCUGAAAUGGAGUAUGAAGCACCACCUGCCGACGCUGUGGGAAACACGGAGAGAGCCAUCAGGACCUCUGUGGAGCUGCUGCAGGAUGCAAGGAACUUUGCACCAAGCUACGAAGAGUUCGACUACCCUGGAGAGGUGUUCACCCUGCCAGGCCCCUACGAAGAUGAUGCCUUCCAAAACCUCGCUCUCUUUGAGAAUUGCUCCCCAGCCUCCUCCGAGUCCAGCUUAGACAUUUGUUUCCUUAGGCCUGUUAACUUCACGUCAGAACCAGAGAGGACAGAUCAUGCCUUACAGCCGUUGCCUAAGAGCUGUACCCCCGUCAGUAGCAGUACUUACAAGCGCGAGAUGUUCCACAGCAAAGGCAAGCAGCUGAGCAGGUCUCUGAAGGAGCUGCCGAGGAGCGCCGAGGGUGUGAGCUCCAGACUCUACAGCACACGGAGCAGCAGUGGGAGCCGGCUGCAGCAGAAGCAGGAGAGGAAUGUCCAGCCUCACAUGAUCUCAGCCUCAUCCCGAAGCUCCCAAAGGAGCUACUUCCCCCCACAGAGAGGAGCGGGUGAAAAACAGAGCUUUUUGGAAGAGCUCCAUGCAGAAGACAACACCAGGUUCUGCCAGAAGGAUGACAAUGAGCAAACAUCCUUCAGCGACCACAACCCGCGGCACGAGCCCAAGGGGGGUUUCCGGAGCUCCUUCCGCAAGCUCUUCAAAAAGAAAUAAGCAGCCCCAAAAAAAAAGGCAGGCCACAGCCUAAGCGCGGCAGUGCUUCCCCAGGUCCCUGAGGGUGGAGACAGACAGCGAGGCCCCGAGAUGUCCCCCGACUAACACAGUAGGCGGAGGGGUGGGGGAGAGGAGACUGUCACAACUGCCUCACAAACGCGUUCUGCUCUUCCUAGCACAGGGGAGGGCCAGGCUAUGGGUUGGAGCAGAGCUCAGGCAGCAGGUCCAGAAAGCACAGGAACUUGCUAGCUUUUACCCCUGCCUGACUUAACUUUCCUCAGAGUUUUGGAAAGCUUGAGCCAAAUCCCAUUAUAUUCUCCUCCCCCUCAUCCCUCAACACUGCUUGAUUUGCCACACAUCUUUGCUCUUCCAAAUACAAGCCAGGCCUAAUUUGGGCUCACCCGCAACAAAGGGAUUGCCUUUGCAGCCUUGGCAUCCUGGCCUGAAGUCUGAAAUUCCCCUCUUUCCUCCGCUUUCCAAAGAAAAACCACCAUCAAAGAUGUCUUCCAGGAGGCCAGCUCACGCUACCCAGUUGGUUUGAGAAGGACUAACAAGCAACAGCUGAAGCACCUGGGCUUUGUACUGCUUCAUCAGCAUCAUCCCUUUUUUUUGGACUUGCAUCACUCCCUGAAAUCCUCCUCCACCUUUUAAUCGAUGCACUGUUGUUUCUUGAAUUGCCUCCUCCUGUAUGAAUCUCCACUCUUGCUGGAGACAGAUGACCAGGGCCUGCCACAAGAGACAAAGACUCUCCUCCAUUCUACACCUACGGUGGAUCAAUGCUGACACUGCAGCAGUCAACCAGCUCCCCAUAUGCAAUACAUCUUAAAUACUCUUUGCUAACUCUCUUUUGACCUGGCACCACCUUACAAGCCCAAGCACAUGAAGCACCCUGCUGUGGAGUAGUUCUUCUAUAAACAAUUGAGGCACUAGGGCAGGAAAGCCAAUGGUGCCCCAAGUUCAAAGUUAGAGCAUUCCUUCAUGCACAAGGAUACGCUUCUCCCCACAAAGCGGUACACAUGCCCUCCCCACAUCUCAACAUGACAAACCCUUGGCAGCACCAUUCUUUGUAGAAAACUACAGAUUUUGUCUUUUUAGACGAUACGGAGA